GGCGCUCGCGGGUGCACGCGCUCGUGCGUGUGCGUGUGUCCGUCGUCACAUCUCCGCAGCAUCGUUCUCGCACACGACCGCGGACAAUCGAAACGGAUAACGUCGGCCAACGGGAGAUUCGCGUUCGAUUAUUAUUAUAUUCUCCUAGCCGUUCAGUUGAUAAAAACGUACGACGAUAGUCGAUACAACAAUCAGUGACGGUGAGCGGCCACAGUCAAAAGUAUAAUAUUAUUAUUUAUUAUCGUCGCGGUCUUUGUGUUAGCCGUCCGCAUUUUCGCGCGUACAACAGAGGUAAGUGGCUUAGCCGGCCGUCGACAAUCACGUCAACACGUCUUCCGUUACCGUCCUCACGACGAUAACAAACUAUUAUAACAUCGCGUCAGAUCUGUGCGAGUUUUUCCACCCUCUCCGUGUGUCGUUUCUCGCGAUGAUACGCUUGUCCGACGUGGUGUCAUGACUUAGACACGCGACGUCCGUUAAAGUCUCCGGUCGUCGUCACGACCGCGACGACGACGGGCCGAAACAUGAUCACGCGACCAUCGUCCCAUGGCCCAGUAUGAGUUCCUGCCGCUGUGCGACGUCCUGUUCAACAUCAUCUCGCUGGCCGCGUACUUCUGCGACAUCGUGUUUGACGUGGUCAUGGGCUACGCUCUCUACUCGCACGGCCGCUACGUGCCGUUCGUCCUGACCAUGUUGUUCGUAGGGGCGUCGGCCACCGUCGAGCAGACUAUGUCGCUGCGAUGGUACCUGGCUGCGCGAGCCGUCGGCGACAAGUCCACGCUUUCGGACCGGCUGAAGCGGUUGGCCGUGCAGGCGUUGCACUUUGUUCAGCUGGGUGUCCUGUGGAGGUACUUCAAGCUGUUCCUGCCCGUCGACCUGCGGUAUGUCAAGUUCGAGGUGCGCGACCUGUGCAUGCUACGUCUGUUGCACGCAUUCUGUGAGUCAAUGCCGCUGCUGCUGUUGCAAUCCUACCUGCUGUGGACGGACGGCGGCGACCGCAAACAUUUGCGUGACCUCAACAAGGUGGCCGUCACACUGUCCACCGUCAGCGUGUGUUGGGCUCUGGCAUCAUUCGGCAAGAAUGUGCGCAUGCAGAACGUCCACAGGCUAGUCCUCACAUGGCUUGGAGUCAUAUUUCAGUUCCUGUGGCGUUUGGGCACCGUUGGGGCCAGAGUCAUUUCGUUGACUGCCUAUGCAGCUAUGUACAAAUAUUGGGUGCUAUUGGUACUUGGUUUACACUGGUUGUCUGUGUUACUGUGGCUACAUUCUCCCAAGAAUGUGUUUCACGGUGAACGGAUGUCUCCUAAACGUAAAGCUUUUUUGUUUGCACUCCUAGCUUUUGUAUUCACAUUUGAAUAUGUCAACCUACUGGAGAACAAUCAUAGAGAAAAAAUGUUGAUGUUUUAUGUGGUGAUGGCGUUAGAAAAUGCUCUUCUCAUGUUUGUGUGGAGCAUUGACAGUGGUGAUGCAGUCAAACCAUUUAUCGUUCUUGGGCUGUUCUGCUGUGGUCUUGUGUUCAUGGCAGUUUAUUAUCAGUUUUUCCAUGUAAGAAGAUUGAAAUAUGAAUCUGGAGGCCGACUGAGCAAUGCUACAAAUAGUAACAACUCAACAGCAAAGCUAGCGUUAGAAGCCAAGUAUAAAGAUCAGCUAAAUGUGCCUAUUGGGAAGACUGACCUUAUAAGGAGACACAGCUUUAGCAGUGUGUAUGAGAAUAUACCACCAGGCGGUUACCACAAUCAAGCUAUUGCUAGUGAACCCCCUCCAACCUUACAAAGAAACCAGAGGUAUUAUAGCGCAUUGCCAGCAAGUGUACAUAAUGGUAUUCCCGGCGUUUUCAACUGUCGUUUCACCAACCCAUAUGUGGCAGCCAUGCAAAAGCGCAAAAAAAAGAAGCCAACCACAUUUGUGCCACCACCAUCCGGCACAAGUGGCCGAGAUAGUGUUGCAUUUUGGUGCAAGCCACCUCCGUCCAACCAUAGCCAACAGGGUUCCAGUGAAAAUGAGAGUGCCAGCUCUCACGUGGAUAUCCGGCAGAAAUUACAAGAAAAAAGACAAAACCAACUUGCAGAACUCCGCGCUAUUGAAGAGGAAAUAAGGCAAGGCAAGUUAAAGGAACCGACAGAGAAUGGAGAAGUACUGUUGUCUCCUCAGGGAUACCUACAACAACAACAUUGGAUUGCUCCACCUUAUAGUGCUCAAGAUAACAAUGCUCAACCAAACGAUCAAGUGUUCACAUUGAUGUACAAAUCGUACAAAUCGCCAUCCGAUUUAGACUCACAGAUAUCACUGCCUCGUUCAUACACAUUACCCAGGGAAUUUAAAUUCUACAGAAAAGUAAGGCCCAGAAAAACUAUACGUUCUGAUCACUUUGUUGCAUCCACAAAUUCAAGUGAUGGAGAUGUAGACUCUGGUGAUGAUGAGUCAGACACCUCGCAGCCAAAAUUAUCACCACGACCAUUGCGGCUCCCUGAUCGUAAUGCCCUCACCACUCGACAUGAAACCAAACUAUAAGCCUUAUUGAUCAAAAAUUAAGUGAAAUUAAUGUUUUUUAUCUUUUUUUAUUAGGUUUACUAAAAUACAUAAAAUAUUUUGUAAAUA